CGGCAACACCAAGUCCUCAUUUUUGGGGUUUGGCCAUAAGCUAGUUGGAGGCCUUUGUAUAUCCAGAAGAUCUACAAAGUUGAAUCUUCUUUCCCUUCACCACCUUCGGCCGCCAACUUCAACAAUGCCUCACCAAAAUCAACCAUAGCCGUAAUGGGAAACACCUUUGGUCAGGGCCGACGCCCUGCUCAGGUGCAGCAGCUUACCAUCCGCGCAUCCACCACUCUCCGACUUGGUUGGCUGAGGGUCGUGUGAGACAUCUCUUUGCCAGUGAGGCUGUGCAAGCCGGUGACGAAUAUCGAAGAUAUUCUGUUCACAACCCUGUCUUCAAAGCAUCGCCAAACUCCCAUCACAAUGAGAAGAUACGGUUGAUGUCCUCUUCUUGAGCACCGGCCGAAGCGGUGGAUACCAUGCGAACAGCCGCCAAUGGCGAGUCCGAUCAGACUUAGCGCAGGCGACAUAGUCACAGCAGCACAGCUCCUGAGAAAAGGUUACCAGGUACUCAAAGACCAGCACGGCGCAUGUGACGAUUACAAGCAUGUGGCUCAUGAGCUCGACAGCACGGUUCUCGCCAUCGAGCAGCUGCAACACCUCCCUUCCCUACCUGAGUACAUACCCUACGUCAAUGCCAUCAUAGCCCAAGCACAGCAAUUACUCGCCACUGCUUCCGCGACCCAGAAAAAUGUCUCUAGAUUUGAGUGGACGCUGGGCGAGAGGAGACGCAGGGGUUUCCAUCGUUCUGUACUUUCGAAAACGAGGUGGGCAAUGAGGGUUAGUCCCGAGACCAAGGAGUGCCUGCAGAGGAUUGAAGGCCAAAGUUCCGCACUCAAGUCUUUAUUAUCACAGCUUACCGCGAGUGUAUCGUUGUCUGGGCUGAAAGUGGGCCGGCAAAACCUUGCCAUUGGAACCACUAUUCUCGAAAACGUUAAAGAGGACGCUGAACGGCGUGAGCGGAAGUUCGAUCUGACCGAAGACUUCAUGGCCAAGGCACAGGUCGCUCUAGAAGCGAUCGAGAAGCAGAACGUGGCAAUGCUUCGUUCGGCGCCAAGCUUCGGCUCUGGAGCUGGAGCUGUGCUCCGGCAGAUCGACUCUCCUGAGCCCGAACCCCAGCUUAUCCAGAUACCUCCUACAAAAAAUAGGCGGCAACACCAACAUCAGUGCGGAUCCCUCGCCGUGUCAUGGUCACCGUCUUUUGUUCUGGAUCGUGCCUCUCCCAUCCGCCGAAGAGCGAAUAUGUCAGAGAAAUAUAUACCACAAUGGCCGACAUUGAACGGAGAAGCUUUGUCAGGGAGUCAGAUCCGUUUCCUCCUUGUGUUUGGGACACUCUUUGAAUUAUUUGGAGGAGCUUGUAUUCUUUCUUACCAGCUGAUUCUCUGCACCGGAUUAAUGAUUUCUCCAGCCAUCUCGAAUAUCCUACCUGACAACAUAGUGGUACGCGAUGCUCUCGGACGACGGUACAGCCUGCCAACUGCAGUCUUCAGUGACUGGCCCGUCCUCGCUGCCAUGCUCCGUUCUCAAUUCAAAGAUUGUCCAGGCUUGCUGAAUGUCGAGAGCGGGCAGUUCAAUAUGAUCGAUGAGGAUGACCCCGAACUUCCGGUCGGCCCUGGCAAUUGGACAGCAGUUGUGGUCCGUCGAAAACGGUUCAAGAUGUCUGUAGUUCUGUCUCAGUUGCAGAUGAGCAAUCAGCUGUGUGCCAAGUGUGGGGCAGCGGUUAGGACGAUGGGCGCUUCAACCUCUGCCUGUCCACGCUGUGGUCUAUUUUAUCGAUCCUCUAGAACGUACCGCAAAAGGAUACAAGCAAAAGAUAUCAGAAAGGAGCAGAAGUAUUUUGGCAAUGCUGUACUUCGUCCCCUCGAUGACGGUUUACUUCAAGUUCCUACCCCUGAACGGAGAUUUGAUUUCGAAUCCUCAAACCAGGAUUCGUAUUUGACGACCUUGUGGUUUGAAAAAGAGAUCAUUUCAACCCAUUCACACUUGGCCGGUGCUCUCGGCGACGCUUGCCAGCCGCCAAGACCACAAAUCAGCGAGCAGCCACCGAAUAAAGAGACACAUGGGAGCGGACAAGAGAUAAAUCCGGAGAACACGAUGGAAGAAGACUUGCAUCAGCAAAAUCUGGAAGAAGAAUCAGAGGAUGAAAUUCCUAACUAUGGACUGACACCUGAAUUAGAGGAAGAGAGUACCGCUGUUCGAUUGCGCGAGUUAGAAGAGAUCCGGCAUUUCAUCAGCGUCUGCAUGAAGCAGGAUGAAAGGCUCCACGAUGCAGCUCUGAAAGGCGAUGUUCGAUCACUACAGGAACUCACCAUCGGCCGUUUUGAUGUCGAUCGAGACUGUGGAGCUUGGGGGACUCCUCUUGUCGCAGCAAUAAUGGCUCGCAGUGAUGAAGCGGUUACCUUUCUCCUCGACGCAGGUGCAAAUCCUCUGUCUCAAAUUGGCCCGAUGAACAGCCCAGUCCUCGCAGCCACUCUCUUCGGCACUGCCUUUGCACUCCGUGCAGUUCUGGCCAAGGCUUCUUCGGGGCAGAGGAAGUCAAACUUGUUCCAGGAGGCCGUGGACAAAGCCCUGUUUGCAGCAAUCGAUGAAGGCCGCCCAUACCAGACGGAGGAGACGAAAGCCUUGCUGUACGCGGGUGCAAAUCCCUUUUCUUCAAUGGCUGAUCAAAGAACGGCGUUUUCUAUCUCGGUUAGCAGAGGCAACGCCGAGCUGAGGGAGAAGUUUCUGGCACAAGCAUGGGGACGCAAUCUACUUACCGACAUCGAAACGCGGCAAAUGGCUGCUUCGCUUCGCAGAACUCCUCUUCCGGACAUAUCAGAUACUUGGAUAGACACUUGCUGUCUCAACCUCCAGAUACGAAGGACAGAGAUGGUAGAGAAACGGAUAGCCUCCCGUCUUGUAGGGAAGGCAAGCUUCUCGUCUCUCAUACCGCUUUGGCGUAAUCAAAGCCGGCCAUCCACUUACACAGACCGCUUUAAGCCAGGCGACCAACCCUUCAGCUUGCCUCUAGAUAAUGCGGAGAACUCGGUGCAAAUGUUAGAUUCACCCCUUAAGAUCAACGUCGAAUUUGCACCCGACAUACCCUCGUCGAUCGAACGACCUAAGCCAAAAACUAGACUAGAUACCCUGAGACCACCGGAUUCUGGACUAGGCCGUGAUCGCCGGGUAGAUUCGGAACAAAACCACCAAGAUAUCUUAGGAAUUCCCGAAUUUCAUGUCAGAGCUCCUACUUCCGGUAGGAGUCCCGACAUCCUCAAGAGUCCCGCAACAUUCCAGUGGUUCGGGCAUGAACACGACAGACGGCGUCAUGAGAGACCGCAUGUCAGAGGAGCAAAAGAAUGCGUACAAGACGCGUACUCAAUUGGCCUGGAGUCACUGGAAGAUCAAGAUUGGAGUGAUGGAUAUAUCAACCCAGGCUGA